AUGGGAACAGGAGCUAGUUCUCAACCUAAGCGUCCAAAGACUACUGGAAGAGUAUUUGCUCUUAGUGGUGCCGAAGCUGCUCAGUCUGAUAAUCUAAUACAAGGUAUUUGUUUCAUAGCUGAGAAUCCUUUUGUUGUACUGUUCGAUUCUGGUGCAACUCAUUCUUUCAUUUCUUUUGUCUAUGUCCAAAAAUUGAAAUUGACAGUGUCUUGUUUGAGCUAUGAUCUAGUUGUAGAAACCCCCACAGAUGGUCCCAUAACUACUUCUAGUAUUUGUCUUAAAUGUCCAAUUGUUAUUUCUGAAAUGCAGUUUCUGGUUGACCUUAUCUGUUUGCCUCUUAAUCAACUAAAAAUCAUUCUUGGAAUGGACUGGUUAUCUUCCAAUCAUGUCCUACUAAUUUGCUUUGAAAAAUUCAUAUCCUUUGGUGAGAGUAAAUGUGCAAAGCUUUUAAGUGCUAAUAAAGUAAAAACUUAUUUAAAGGAAAAUGAAAUGGUUUACAUGAUUCACGCCUGUUUGAAACUUGAGAAAGACCAUGAGCUUAGUGAGAUUCCCUUAGUGAGUGAGUUUCCUGAUGUUUUCCCUAAGGACAUGUCUAGCUUACCACCUGAGAGAGAGAUUGAGUUUUCCAUAGACUUAGUACCUAGCACUGCACCCAUAUCUAUAGAGCCUUAUAGAAUGUCCCCUAAGGAGUUAGCUGAACUCAAGAAACAAAUAGAAAAGCUUUAG